UUUGCCAUCCCUAUUGGCAUUGAGGAAAGAUAGUCGUAAACAAUUUUUUCGCCGGAUAGGAAUCGUAGUCAUGGACAAGUUAAAUUCCACUUUGACUGCAGUUAAAAAUUUGCGAUCUAAUGUGCGACAGUGUUUUGAGCACCUGGCCGAUGGCACUGAUGGCGAAGGCGGUGAUGAGAGUCGGAAUAAAUUCGUGCAUGACUUUCAGGAGAGAUUCGGAGCUAUAAACUCUCAAUUGCGUGAAGUAGAGCAACUGAUCAAUGGAUUGCAGGUGCCGCCAACACCAUAUUCUCUGGGGAAUACGGCUUACCUCGCGCAGGAGACUUCCCAGGAUCGGCAAGCGCUGUACCCCCAAUUGGUAAAUAGCUACAAGUGGAUCGACAAAGUGCACGACCACAGCUUUCUGGCCUUCAACAAUCUUAACCAGAAUACCCUGAGGCGCUCCUACAACUACUGUUCUCAGAAGCGCCAACGACUGCCUUUCUCUUCCUUCAACAAUGAUCCGGACCACAUUGAUAAACUACUGAGUGAGAUCAACACUCCGCCUCACACCUCCUACCGAAUAUUCCGUCCCUUCGGCACCAACGCAGUCGCCAUCGUGACUAUUAGCAACGUGAUGAAAGCAGCCAUAGUGUUCAAAGGAGUGCUGAUAGAGUGGGUGACUGUAAAGGGAUUCGAUGAGCCUCUGGAGCACGACGAUCUGUGGGCAGAGUCGCGUUACGAAGUGUUCCGUAAGGUACAGGAGCAUGCCCACUCAGCCAUGUUGCACUUCUUCUCGCCCACGCUGCCCGAUUUGGCAGUGAAGAGCUAUGUGACUUGGCUUAACAGCCAUAUCAAGUUGUUCUUGGAACCUUGCAAGCGUUGUGGGAAAUUCGUGGUUCACGGAUUACCUCCAACUUGGCGCGACUUGCGCACCCUCGAACCCUUCCACGAAGAGUGCCGGAAUUGCUGAAUUUUUUAGAUACACAACACAGAUAGCUAUAACUUUGUAUACUUCAUUUAUUUCAAAAACAAAAAAUUAUAUGUACUUUUAAUGCA